AUGUCGCCUGAACUGUUUAAGACUCGGAUUCAAAGAAUCAACGAAAUCAUAACACAAACGCGUGCUCCGCGUAUAUUUUCUUUUACGCCAUUCUUAUUAUUGGUGACAAUUAUUAGCAGUCCGAUAAUUGUCUCAGUGAUCAUGUCUGUAUUAAGAUCUAGUUCUCAAGGGAACGAUUCAAAUUCGUCGUCACCUUCAAAAUUAUUUUCAGCUUAUUUGUAUGCAUUCUCGGCAAUUUUUGCAUGUUAUAUCGUGGGAUUUUUUCUCUUUAUAAAGAGAUUCGAAGUAAAGCAAAAUAAAGCCAUUAAUAAGCAGCUCGAAAUAUUCAAUAUUAUCGAUAAUCCGAAUCAACUAAACUGGAGAAUAGAAGUCAAGUUCGAAAAGGAUGAAGGCUCAAAUUCUAUGUUGAUGCACGAAAAGAAAUUAGUAUUGGACAUCAUGACAUCCUAUUCGACCAUAAUACAAUUACAAUUUCCCGAAGCAACAGUUAUCGAUAUCAAUAAAAUUUAUAAUUUCGGCUUAGCACGAACCUUUGUUUCAUCGAAUCUGGUUCCAACGACACGGAAUUCCGUGUUUUCGAAUUUACCACCUUCGUACGAUGUCGCUUCUAAAGAUUCGCCGCCUAAAUAUCAUGAAAUAAGUGAAUGUGUCUAA